GAUACCGAACCAUCCCGAACCAUACCGAACCGAUAUGUCGGGAUCGGGAUCGGUACGGUGUAAAAUCCCAUACCGAACCGAAAUAUUUGGUACGGUAUCGAAACUAAUGAACAUGUUGAUAUGAACCAUGAUUCACACACUAAUGAAGAUGAGACUAUUUCUAAUGAGGUGGAGCAUGAUAGUGUAGAAUCACAUGUUGAAAAUGAUUUGCAUGACUAUCAACUUGCUAGGGAUAGAAAUAGAAGAACCAUUAGCAAACCUGCGAGAUAUGUUGAUGACUGUAAUAUGUCUGAGUUUGCUUUUCAUGUGUUUGAAUCCCUUGAGUGUGAUGAACCUAAGACUUCUCGUGAAGCAUUAGAAUCUAAAUGUUCUGAAAAAUGGGUUAGUGCUAUGAAGUGCUAUGAUGAGUCUCGCGGUUCCUUGUCAAACUAUGUGCACUACUUUGGGCCAAAGGUGGAGAUUGUUAAUUUAUUUGGGUUGGCCCAAACAUAUUAAUAAUAUUUGACACCCAACCCAGCAGCCCAUUUACUCAAGCCCAACCUUUAUUCCUAACCUAAUUAAGCUUACCUUAAUUAGCUCCUAAAUCUCUACUAUAAAUUGAGGCUUUCCCUUUGUGUUUCUUCACCGUGCAAAAAUCAUUCAUCUCUUUUGUGAGUCUUCCAGUACAAUUGACGUAAAUGGAGAGAUGAGUUGAGAUCGAGACUGGACAAGGGAUUUUAUCGGGGGAGUUUAAACAGUCGUCGCCAGGGAUAUGUUGCCUUCUCAUGGCAUCUUGGGCUUCUUAUUGCUGAGGUUGUGCAGCCUCGGAGGAGUUGACGUCCUAGUUUGGUAAAGGAU